UACUGGACUGGAAAAUUGUCAAGACGUCUACCAAACCAAAAAUAUGUCAAGAGCUGCCUUUCUCUAUACAUAUAAUUAACACACACUCCAAGCAAAUUUGCCAAGCAGAAAGAAAGGGAAAAAUGGUUUCUUUAGCCACUGAACAAUUUCCUCCUCAUGUGGUAUGCUUACCAUUCCCAGCCCAAGGCCACAUAAAUCCAAUGCUCAAACUAGCAAAAAUUCUUCACCAAAAGGACUUCCAUAUCACUUUUGUUAACACGGAAUUCAACCAUCGACGCCUCCUCAAAUCUAGAGGCCUUGGCUCCCUCGAUGGCCUCCCAACUUUUCGGUUUGAAACAAUUCCUGAUGGACUCCCACCUUCAGAUGCUGACUCAACUCAGCAUGUGCCAUCUCUCUGCGAUUCCACCAAGAAAAAUUGCUUAGCUCCUUUCAGAGACCUUCUAUCCAGACUCAAUAACACCUCUUCUUCUAAAGUUCCUCCAGUCACCUGUAUAGUCUCUGAUUGCAUCAUGAGCUUUACACUCAAAGCUGCUCAGGAACUAGAUGAAAGUUACUUAACAAACGGGUAUUUGGACACCGUUAUUGAUUGGAUUCCUGGUAUGGAAGGUAUCUCCUUGAAAUAUUUGCCAAGCUUUCUCAGAACAACAGAUCCUGGAGAUAUAAUGCUCAAUUUUGCAAUUGGAGAAGUGGAGAGUGCUCGAAAUGCUUCCGCUGUUAUUUUCAACACCUUCGAUGACUUGGAGUCAGAGGUCUUAAAGCCUCUUACUUCCACCCUCCCUCAUCUCUACACCAUUGGUCCUCUUCAGUUACUCGAAAAUCAGGACCAAGAAAAUGCCUUGAACUCUAUAGCAUCCAAUUUGUGGAAAGAAGAACCUGGUUGUAUUGAAUGGCUCGAUUUUAAAGAACCAGACUCGGUUAUCUAUGUCAACUUUGGUAGUGUCACAGUCAUGACCCCGCAACAACUCAUUGAAUUUGCUUGGGGACUUGCAAACAGCAAGUGCACUUUCUUGUGGGUCAUUAGGCCUGAUCUCGUUGUCGGUGAUUCAGCUAUAGUUCCUCCAGAAUUUGUGGCUGAAACAAAAGAAAGGGGUCUAUUAGCUGGUUGGUGUCCACAAGAACAAGUCCUGCAGCACCCUUCCAUUGGAGGAUUCUUGACCCAUAGUGGAUGGAACUCUACACUAGACAGUUUGUGCGGUGGCGUGCCCAUGAUUUGUUGGCCUUUCUUUGCAGAGCAACAGACCAAUUGUUGGUUCUGUUGUAACAAGUUAGGCAUAGGGAUGGAAAUAGACAGCGAUGUUAAAAGAAAUGAAAUUGAAAGUCUUGUUAGAGAACUGAUGGAGGGAGAUCAAGGACAGGUAAUGAAGUAUAAAGCCAAGAAGUGGAAAAGAAAGGCAGAAGAGGCCACUGCGAGUCCCACUGGGUCAUCAUGCUUGAAUUUGGAGAAAAUGAUAAACAAAGUGCUUCUUGCUCCACGAGAUAAAAUUAAUGGAGAUGUGAUUCUCCCAGGAAUAACUGGACUCGGAACCUAUGGUGAGAGCUAAGGAUCAAGACAUGGAUCCACUUGUGCGCGCGCAAUAUUUCUUUUUCUUUUCUUUCCUUUAUUGUUAUGUUGCAAGAAGAAGAUCUGUAUUCAAGGCAGGCUCCUUCUAAAUCAAUAAAAGGGUACCAUGCUUGUAUUUCCGCAUAAAAUUGGCGUGUGGAGAAGCCUUUCUUGUGAUAAAAAAUGACUCUGCAAGGUAAGAUUAUGUUCAAA